UGUUGUUUAAACACAUCCGUGGAGCUUAAAGGAGGCUGUGUUUUGUGCAGGGCUUGUUGGGCGAAUCCACACGAUUUGCUGGGAUGUAGUCUGGUUGCUCUGGGUCACGCCUUUGUUUCACACUAGUGUUUGCUGUCACACUCGCAGACACGCUCGCUCUCAAAGCCCCUGACGCCACUAAACAGUGGAUAAAUGGCAGGCAAAAAGCGAGAAAUCCAGUUACAGACUGUCAUCAAUAGUCAAAGCCUCUGGGAUGAGAUGUUGCAGAACAAAGGCCUAACAGUGAUCGAUGUUUACCAAGCCUGGUGUGGACCCUGCAAAGCAAUGCAAACGUUAUUCAGGAAACUGAAAAAUGAGCUGAACGAAGAUGAAAUUCUGCAUUUUGUUGUAGCUGAAGCUGACAGCGUUGCGGCUUUGCAGCCAUUUAGAGAUAACUGUGAACCUAUUUUUCUUUUUAGUGUUAAUGGCAAAAUUGUUUCAAAGAUUGAGGGUGCAAACGCACCACUUGUUAAUAAAACAAUUAUUAACUUGGUGAAUGAUGAGAAGAAAAUUGCAGCAGGUGAAAUUGUUCGCCCUCAGUAUCAUGAAAUUGGACUUGUAGGCUCAAAUGCAGAAGUUGCCAGGUCAGCAUCCAAAGAUAUUACUGACCGAAUAUACAGUAUUGCUAUUAUCAAACCCGAGGCUAGGAAUACUGGAAAAACUACGGAAAUUAAAGAAAAUAUUGUCAACGCAGGAUUUGUCAUAGAAGCAGAAGAUAAUAGAGUGCUCACUGAAAACCAAGUGAGGGAAUUCUAUAGUCAAAUAGCAGAGCAGCCUGACUUUGAAGAGUUUGUCUCAUUAAUGACACAUAGCCUAAGCUGUGUUCUAGUUGUAUCUCGAAGCAGUGAACAACUACCUCUCUUGGAAGAGGAAAUUGUAUCUAAAUCUGAGACCGAACCUCAAGAACCACCUGAGGGUCAACCUGAGAUGGACCCAUCUUCACUGGUGAAGAAAAAGUGGGACAGCAGUUUAGAAGAAUAUCUGGUUAAAGAAAAUAUGCAUCAGUUUUGUGAUGUUGAAGAGGAUGUAGAUAAUGUUAAUAAGCUUAUUGAUAUCUUCUUCCCUGAUUUUAAAAACAUGAAAUUAGAAAAGACACUGGCAUUACUUCGACCAGAUCUCUUUCAAGAAAAGAAAGAGGAUGUUUUGAAUAUUAUUAAAAAUGAAGGCUUUCAUAUACUGAUGCAAAGGCCAGUGGUAUUAUCAGAAGAAGAGGCACGAACACUAUGCAAGGAAUAUGAAAAUGAAAAUUAUUUUGACAAGGUGAUAGAAAACAUGACCAGUGGUCCAUCUCUAGCUCUUGUUUUAGUGAGAGAAAAUGGUUUACAACACUGGAAAGAGUUAAUUGGACCAAGUACUGUCGGAGAAGCUAAACAAUAUUUUCCAAACAGUUUGUGUGCGGUUAUUGUGUUUUUCUGUUCUAACCUGUCUGGAGGCUACCUGAAGGAUGACACAAGGAACAUUGAAAACAGGGAUGUAAACAUGUACACCAAUGUUCACAGCAGCAUUAUUCAUAAUAGCCAAAAGUAUAAAGAGACCUUUCUUGGAUAG